UCUCUCUCUCACACACACACACACACACCCCCUCCCCUUUGUUCUUUUUCUCUUUCGGCAUCCCCCCAUCCCCCACUACCUCUCUCUCCCUCUCUCUCCAUCUCCCACUCUCACCAUGAGUGUGUGUGUGUGUAUGUGAAUGCUUCUGCGUUUUCAUACCGCCUGCAGAAAAAGCCCCCAAAUAGCUGGAGCAAAGGGUAAAAAAAACGAGCCUUAGGAGAAAAGACAGAGAAAGAGCCAGAGGGAAAAAAGAACACGUUUAUUAUAACGGACUAAUUCAGGGAAAUCUGUCUGUUUCCAUUUCACAUCGAAACAGAACACACAGAUUGGGAGAAAGAGAGGAAUAGGCAUUGAGGAACAAAAGACAGAAAGAGAGGGGGAAUGUUGAUGGAGACAGGAGUCAAGAGAGGACAGAUGGAUAGAAAGAAGAAUGGCUGGAGUGUUAAAUAUACAGUCUGGUACCAUGAUUUGCAUAUCCAUCCCUUCUUCAUUUGCCUUUGCUUCAGUGAGAAUGGCAGGUGGACCCCCCUCUGACAAAUACACUUUUCUCUACCCGACAGACAGCAGCUUAAAGAGUAAGAGCAGAGUAUCCAGUAUGAACCCUGUCUACAGUCCAGUGCAGCCCGGGACUCCAUACGGAAACCCCAAAACCAUGGCCUACACAGAUACACCCAGGCCUGAUUACUGCUGCACCUGUUCGCAGUCAAGAAAUCACUUAUUUCACAACACUGUAUAUAGUUACCCAGCAGGCUAUCCUACUGCAGCGCCUGCCUACACACCAAGCCUCUAUCAAACAGGCAGCCCAGGGUACCCUCCAGGCUACACCACAGGGACUCCUUAUAAAGUUCCCCCGUCUCAGUCUAAUGGUGCUCCUCCACCAUAUUCCCCCUCUCCAAACACAUACCCCUCAGCCAUGUACCCCAUCCGCAGUGCCUACCCCCAACAGAACCUCUACACUCAGGGAGCCUACUACACCCAGCCUGUGUAUGCUGCACAGCCCCAUGUUAUCCAUCACACCACGGUGGUGCAGCCCAACAGCAUUCCUUCUGCCCUGUACCCGGCCCCAGUGCCCCCUGUGACCCCCCGGCCCAGUGCACUUACCAUGGGCAUGGUGGCAGGAACCACAAUGGCCAUGUCUGCAGGAACUCUGUUGACCACACCCCAGCACACUCCCAUUGGUCCACACCCUGUUACGGUGCCAACAUAUCGUGCGCAAGGAACACCUGGAUACAGCUAUGUGCCACCUCAUUGGUAGAGCCCACCUAUCAAUCAUAUCUGGAGUUAAACGUCGUAUGCAAAAUCUUCAAGUGUUACACGGGCUCUCUGUGAUCAGCAGCUGCGUCUGCUGGAACAGAAGAAAAUAAAAGGUCACUUUAUGCAUUCUUAUGUCUUUUUGUAAAAGCUGCUUUUUAUUUUUUUAGUUAAAUUUUUUCCCUCCAUUUUUUUCUAAUUUAAUUUCCUCUUGUGUUUUAGUCUUACUAUUCCUGACCUACGUUGUUGUAUAAGUUUUUUUUUUGUUUGUUUUGUUUUUAUCACAAUUAUUAACAAUCAACUCCUGCAGAAACUCCAGAAUGAUUUUGAAAAUUACGACUUUGAAACAGUGUUUUUCUUUUCUUUUCUUUUUUAUUGUUGUUGUUGUUAAUGUUGAUCCAUUUUCCCUGUUGAGUGGGAAUGUACAUUGCACCAUGCUCAUCAUCAUGUCUGUCAUGCCAAAUAUUAUCCUUUACAUUUGUGUAGAUUUGUUCUUUUCAGAUUCCCUUUUCAGAAGGGCUGAGACGGGUUUCUGCGUUUCGGGUUUCGAUUUCACACCAGUUCCUUCUGUUCAUCUUCUAUUGUUGACAACAAGGGUGUCUUCCAGCUUGUAGCAGUUUAUUAGGAACAUUUGUAAUAAGUUUAGCAGUGCAUAGGGCAGCUUGACAUGGUUCAAACUUCAUUAGGAUGUCGAGCACUUACACUAAGCUCGGUUAUUCACUUAAUAUAGGACUCCGGUUUCUUUAUUUAUUGGAUAUUCUGGAUAGAGCAAGCUUCUAAAUUAUGACAUGCAUAUUAUAGUUCUAUAGAUGCAUGUGAUGUGCAGAUAUGUGCUCUUGCAAAGUUUUGCAGAUGCGCAUUUAAGCUGAAACACCUGCCAGCACACAGUCUCAGUCGAGGCAAGUAUAAAUGGCACUUAGGUUAAAGGAUCAGGGUCACAUUUCAUUGUAAUGUUAAAUACAUGCCGAGGACAGAGGACGUUCGGGAUUGACAGGGUCCGGAUUUAGAAUUCAGGAUCUCUAAAUUACAGUGGAGCAUAAGUAUGAAACACAUUGACAAACCAAAUACGAAACAGCAAAUCAGCAAACAUCAGCAUUGUUUAAGGAAAGGUCCUUAUUGUACAUCACAUGCACUUUUCUGGUUGGCUACAGCACAUAUCAUAUGAAGAGACAGCAGAAAGAAGAUAAUUCAUUAGAUGAAAAAUUUCUACUGAUGCUUUAAAUUAAAUUUUUUUCUAUUUACCAAGUGUACUCGUAUAUCUUGUCAAUUUUGCAUAACAUUAAUAUGAAUACCCAAAAAAAUGAACCCUUAAAGGAACCUUAGUUGUUCAAGCAAAAGAAUUACUCCACACUACAGUAACUAGCAAAACUUUGCAUCAAAUACCGUAGCUAAGAUGACAAUUUUUUUUUAAUUUUGUUCGGUUUUUGGUUUGCCAAUGUGUUUCACAUUUAGAAAACUGGAUUUAAAAGGAUUUUUAUCAUGCAUUAUACUGCAUUUGGAACAAAGCAGUAAUUAUGGCCGUUGAACUCUGAGUUCAACUGAAAAGUUGACAAAUAAUUAUUCAGUUUUUUGCUUGCUGGCAUGCACGCUUCAGUAUUUUAAGUGUUCUAACAGAAUGUGGUUUAAAUAGGUUACUAUAAAACUGAUGCCCAUUUACCUUUUCUAAAAUUCAUUUUAUCUUCCUAUUUGUUUUGCUCUAAAUUGUAUUCAUUUAACAAAUCGACAAUAUCAAUCAUUGACUAUCCAACAUUGCAGGCAGUUUAUGGAAAUCCCGAUUUGUUUGUAACUGUGCCAGAAUCCGAGAGGAUGAUUUUGUAUUCUGGAUGUAGAACAAUUGGCAGAUUUUUAUGUGGGUCAGAUGGGUGUGACUUUUAGCUCAUACAAGUCUUUAUUUUUGUGUUUUUAAGAAACACAAAUGUAAAAUCAUAAACCUCGGAAGAUGUUGUUAACUAGCAUUGAAUGAUAUUAAUAUUUAAAAAUAUAUCCUCAUAAAUCCUAUCAGUGUAUCUCAUGUUUCAAGUCUAUGAACUUUUUAUAAAUUUGACUCUUGUUUUUUUUCUUAGAUUUUAAAUAAAAGUACAGUACUAUUUGCUUUAGAUCAGACGGCAUUCAUGGCACUCUGUGUGCUGUUUUAAGAAGUUAAAUACGUGAAAAACAAAAAAACCUUAAACUUAAUAAAUUUCUGUUGUUAGCUUUUUGUUCAUUCAUGAGCUUUUGCUGCUUGGACAGAGCUAACAAAAUAUGAUUUUUUUGGUGACUUAAUUAGUGAAAUGCAACACUCAAUGUCACUCCUAUUUUCAUAUAUGGCUUUCAAUCCACGCCCACUCAAUGUAUAUUCAGUGUCUAUUUCCCUAUAUAAUCCACAUGUCCAUAUAUGGAGACAAAGAUGCACCUUCUGUUGUGCAGGCAGUCCUUUUUGACACUGUUGUUGUGCACUGACACAGAAAAUGACUUUGCCACUUCCUAGUGUGAAUGUACAUUGAGAACAAGUAAGGCAGAGAAAAAAGCAUGAAGGUGGCCAGUUGAGAAAUCCCCAUCUUCCUCUGUGAACGUUUGGGUCGUGAGGCCUCGCUGCAUGGAUUUGAGAAGUACUUGUUAAAUGCAAUAAUUAAAACUGCCAUGGCGUAUAACAACACCGAAAGAGAGAAUGUUGUGAACCCUAAUCCCUUGUAAUCUAUGAACGAACUACAGUACAUAUCAGUUUUUAUGAAAUAAUAUCAGCCUAUUAACACAGAUACGUAAUAAUCAAAUAUACGGUACACUAUUUAAUGAUCUACUAAAAGAAGACAAGUAUAUACUACGGUACCCAUUAGGUUUGAUUAGGAAUGUGUCGAUAUUCAGUUUUUGAAUGAUGAUUAUUUAGGGCAGCCAUUGCAAAUAUUACUUUGUUAUUGUAGCAUGAUAUUGUAGCUCUUUGGCUAGCAUGAUUUUUUUUAUUUCCGAAGAACAGAAGGACUUUUAAUUGGAGGAAACUGAUAGCUAAUAUGGGCAGCACACAUGCUCUUAAAUGGAUAAAACAGGGUUACUGAUGAUAUCCUGAAGUGCUUUGCAAAGAAUUUUGCUGUCUUCUGUUCUGAAGGCAUCUACCACAGUAGCCACAAAUUUUAAAUGAUCUGAUUUGGUAGAAUUUUAAAAGGAAUAAAGCUGAGGAACAACCUCGAACAGCAGAAGCUUCUAUUCUGGUGAUGAGUGCAAAUAGAUCACUAUUAGCUGACUAAUAUAGGUAACUAUGCCCCAUGCCACUAAGCUGCCACUUUUGCUGAAACUUUGCUGACCCUGCACUCUGGUUCCAAUUUCUGAACAAGUUGGGAUAUACUAAGAAAAAUAUUUCACCGUGCUACAAUGUAUACAUGACAAAUAAAAGCUGCUUCUCGUAACUAAGGCUAAAUUGCAUAUUAAUUAGCUCUGAAUGAUACUUGCAGAAGCUAGCAAACUGUUUUUGACUACAGAAUUAUUUUUGACUGUAUAUGACCAGAAAAAAAAGUGGUAAACUUACUCUGCAGGAGAGACAGCAAGUUGAAACUUUAAUGGAAAUCUGUUCCAGCAAACAGAUUUAUGGGAAUGCAGUGCUGGUCUCACAAAAAUGAAAGAAUAAGACAGGCUUCGUGUUGAGAGUACAUAAAUGCUGCCUAACUUAGUAGCUGACUUUCAACAGAAAUGUAUUUCCUGUGUGGAAUAUUGGGGUUUAUCAUAUUAUUGAUUAUCGGCACAUCCCUAAUCAUGGAAAAAAUAUUAUUCUCAGUAAACACAUUUAUCAUUUAGGCUACUCAACCAUUACUUGAUAUAUGUUAAUCUGAAUAAGAAGACUGACAGAGAUUAUAUAAAGCAUAAAGACACUCAGACACUGAGAGAAUUUUUUUAGUAGAGCCUUUGAGAAACAUUCCUUUAUCCUAAAGGAGACAGUGAGAGGAAGAAAACUUGCACAAGAUUGAACUGAACUGCUUUCCACUUUUAUUCUUGUACAAGGGUGGCAGCAUAGGACAAUCUGUCAAAAUUCUUCAGAAUAAAGAUUUGUUUUUGUUUUUUUGUUUUUGUUGUUUUUUUUUACUGUAUCCCACUCACAACCAACCAUGUCAACUCUAUACACUUGCAAAAAUGUAAAAGUAAAAAAAAUAAAUGUUGUUAAUUGAAGCAUUUAAACAUUCCAUAAUAGCGGAUAUGCUGUACAUGUUAACAGUCAUCAGUGUUAAGCAACUGUUUUAAACUGAGGUUACUAGAAAGCAUAUGCAGGAUAUAAAUAUGUCAUGUAUAGGGAUGUGGAGUAUUCGAAUGCCCAUGUAUAAAUCAUUUAUGUCUUAGUUUUCAUUCACUCGCAGAUUAUAUAGUGCCUUGCAUAAGUAUCCCCACCCCUCAUAGAAUUUUACCGCAUUUUGAAGUGCAAUUCGACCAAAUUUACUGAAAUGGAAUUUUGAAGGGAAAAAAAACACCUUUGGUUGCAAAUAAUUAAAUUCAAACUUAUUUGUAUAGGGCUUUUUAAAAUUGACAUUGUCUCAAAGCAGAUUUACACAACAAGUAAAGCAGAAAGUUAUCUGGAAUAGUAUCAUCAUUUGCCAGCUGGAUUCUGAUAUUCCUGUCCUGUUCUUAUUGGUAAAUUUGCUUAACUUCUGUCGGAUUGAAUGGAAGAUUGAUGUUAACGAAAAGUUCUUUUUUAAGUCUUGGGAUCUAGUUUGAGGUUUUGACUAGUCUAUUCUAACACCUUCAGGUUCUUAGUAUUUUAGCAUUGAACCAUUCCACAAUAGGUUUUGGUUCAUUGUCCUGUUUGGAGGUUAACCCACUGCCCCAGACUAAACAUGCUUUCCUCUCAGAUUGGCUUGAAUUUGACUCAAAAUAUUUUUCUUUAACCCUGACCCAUUUUUCCUGUUUCAGUAGCAUGAGCUGUUUUGUGUAGAUGGCAUAUAAUCCCAAUAAAUACUUAUGCAAGGUAAUGUAUUACACAAAUUACAACUGUGGUUGUAUAAAAUGUAUUCAUCCACUGAGAUUUCCAAUCAUUCUUCCCAUAAAGGCCAAAGUGGUUGUAGCCUUCAAUUCAUUAUAUUCUCUGUAUUACAUCAGUCAAUCAUACAAACCCAUGCGCCAUUAGAGGCAGGAAAAACGAUUAAUUGUAGUGAAAAAUGAGACUCGAUCCUGCUAGCAGGUUUUUAUGCAGCUAGCAGGUUUUCUGCUACAGCUGUUAACUUACUUAGUUGGUCAGAUUGUCAGUUUAUACUAGUCUGCUUGUACAAACAGUUUCUGAAUGAGCCUUGUUAAGCUACAGGCAGUUUAAAUGCAGGCUGAUGCUAAUGCUACUAACAUGAACUGACUAAGUUUAGAUGGUAAAUAAGCAAAAGGCAUUUGGUAAGGAAUAUUUUCAUAUUAUUUAAGCAAAGUGUUUGGUAAGAUAUAGAAUUUUUUUUUGUCAUUGUUAGCUUGCCAUUGAAUUGGGACAACUGACAAGUUUUCAUUUAACAAAUGUAGUCCUAGUAUUAAAUACUUCAUAUAUACAGUGCCCUCCAGAAUUAUUAGCACCCCUAAUUAUUAGACUGGGAAAAACACAAAAGUGUCAUAAGUUUGAAUCCCUUAUUUAAACCUGUUUAACAUAUUUUGUUCAUUGGUACAAUUUCUUCUGCAAAAUGUUUUCAAAAAUAUUGUCCAGUUAAUAUUUUGUGAGCCUCUUUCUGUAAUAUCUAACGAAGUUGGAGACAAUUAAAGGGAUAGAGGCGUAAUGCUCCCAAGUUUUUCCAGAAUGACACUGUUUGCAUUUUUUUCAAAUAUUCCUUAGAGGUGUCACUAAUUUCAGUACAAAGAUUCUUCGGAGAAAAUGCUAUUUUUUUUUUUAUUUUAUUAUUUUUUUUAUAAAAAAAAACAAUAAGUUUCUCUUAUUGUUUGAGUAAAAUUUUAAUUGUUGUGAGUCUUUUUUUAAAGCUACUAGUUCUAAAGGGCAUUGUAAAUAUUUCAAGUAGAUCUUGGUCUUUCCUUCUGUCACUUUCUCCUUUUCAAUAUGAAAGUCCAUUAACCCUUCUAGUCUUAAUAACAGUAUUAUGGCAGUGAAAUAUUGAUACCAUCAGAACAAAUCAGAUUUGUAACGCAAGACUUAAUGCAAUCAAUGCAAUUUAAAGCUAUUAAUCAGUUCAUUGUUUGAGGUUGCUCCUGAAAUGGAAGUCGAACCUCUUGCAUCUAAAAUGUAGGAUUUAGAAGAGUUUUUUUUUUUGUUGUUGUUGCUAUUUUUACACUAAUGAAAGUUAGAUUUGAAAGUAAACGAGUCCACAUUUACCUGUAAUUAUUGCGCUUUUACCAUAAGUGUUAUUUAAGUUUUAUUAAUGAUUGAUGUUCCUUUUAUUCUUAAGUAGAUGAUCAGGAGUGUGGUGCCUAACCGUGUGAGGGACAUUUCAGAGCACAGGCCUGUAAACCGUCUCAUCCUCUUAUUUAUUCUAGUGCUUUGCUGUCUUUAUAUUGGCCUGCUUCAAGAAAAAAUGCGAUAUACUUAAAUGAUCAGAUAGCUGAACACACAGGGGGUGUUCCUAUUAAAAAAAAUUGCUUUCUUUAUAUUAUACUAAAAAUGUCCAAAUGUUAUAGUUAUGGUUUGGAUAUUAUAGCAUGGUGUUAAAUUAUAUCAAUUGUUUCAUGUUUACGCUUGCUCAUAGAACAGAAUCAUAUGUUACAUCUUCAUUUAAAACAACACUGCCCAAAAACUUUAGAGAAUACUUCACACUCUGACACCAGUUAGGAUGAAUUAAAUACUCCUUUAAUUGCUCCUAAAUAGUGACAAGAUUUGUGUCCACAAUGUAUUACAUACUUUAACUUAAUUGAGCCAUCAUCUAACAUCAUCUGCAUAUGCCUCAUCUUCUGUUUUUUUUUUUUUUUUGUUUGUUUGUUUUUUUUGCUGUUAAAGCUGAAUACUGAAGGGGAAACUCAUCGUCUUCCAAAUACACACCAAGGAUAAGAACAUUUUGAUCAUUCUUUUUGGUAAAAA